GGGGGUAGGACGGCUGGGGAGGCCCAGGCGGCGGAGCCUCCGGGACGGCGAACGGCAGGCUGCGGAGGAGGAGACGGCGGGUCGGGCAUUUUAAAAAUAUUUAAUCAUUCAUGAGUUGAGCCUCAUUCUUGAGUUAUGGAUGACAAAGCUUCUGUUGGAAAAAUCAGUGUCUCCUCAGACUCAGUAUCUACUCUUAACAGUGAAGAUUUUGUCUUGGUUUCCAGGCAAGGAGAUGAGACACCAUCUACAAAUAAUGGAAGUGAUGACGAGAAAACAGGACUCAAGAUUGUAGGGAAUGGAAGUGAACAGCAGCUGCAAAAAGAGCUAGCAGAUGUGCUGAUGGAUCCUCCAAUGGACGACCAGCCAGGGGACAAGGAGCUUGUGAAAAGGUCACAACUGGAUGGUGAAGGAGAUGGGCCACUUUCUAGUCAGCUCUCAGCUUCAUCUACCAUUAACCCUGUGCCAUUAGUAGGGCUCCAAAAACCAGAGAUGAGCCUGCCAGUGAAACCUGGACAAGGAGAUUCUGAAGUGUCAAGUCCUUUCACACCAGUAGCAGACGAGGACAGCGUAGUUUUCAGUAAACUAACUUAUUUAGGCUGUGCCUCAGUAAAUGCUCCCCGGAGUGAAGUGGAAGCCUUAAGGAUGAUGUCCAUCUUAAGAAGCCAGUGUCAGAUUUCACUAGAUGUAACCCUCUCAGUGCCGAAUGUAUCCGAAGGAAUCGUGAGACUCUUAGAUCCUCAGACAAACACUGAAAUAGCAAACUACCCUAUCUACAAAAUUCUCUUCUGUGUCAGAGGGCAUGAUGGAACUCCUGAAAGCGACUGUUUUGCUUUCACUGAAAGUCAUUACAAUGCAGAGCUCUUCAGAAUACAUGUCUUCCGGUGUGAAAUACAAGAAGCUGUAAGCCGGAUACUUUACAGUUUUGCCACUGCCUUCCGCCGUUCUGCAAAGCAGACCCCACUGUCAGCCACUGCUGCACCCCAGACUCCUGACAGUGACAUCUUUACCUUCUCUGUGUCUUUAGAAAUAAAAGAAGAUGAUGGUAAAGGUUAUUUUAGUGCAGUUCCCAAAGAUAAGGACAGACAAUGCUUUAAACUACGCCAAGGAAUUGAUAAGAAGAUUGUCAUCUAUGUGCAACAAACAACUAAUAAAGAACUUGCCAUUGAAAGGUGUUUUGGUCUUCUCCUUAGUCCUGGAAAAGAUGUACGAAAUAGUGACAUGCACUUGUUAGAUUUGGAAUCUAUGGGCAAAAGUUCAGAUGGGAAGUCCUAUGUUAUUACUGGGAGCUGGAAUCCAAAAUCCCCACAUUUUCAAGUCGUAAAUGAAGAAACUCCUAAAGAUAAAGUGCUGUUCAUGACCACAGCUGUUGAUUUGGUAAUAACAGAAGUGCAGGAGCCUGUUCGAUUUCUCCUAGAGACAAAAGUCCGUGUUUGCUCACCUAAUGAAAGAUUAUUCUGGCCCUUCAGCAAACGUAGUACUACUGAAAAUUUCUUUUUGAAACUAAAGCAGAAAUGCAAUUUAGACUCCCCCUACAGAGCUGAUUUGGGAAAGAUGGAAUUGUUUCCACUGUUCGCAGAUAACGAUGAACCUCUCUUGAGUGGAUUUGGUGAUGUAUCCAAAGAAUGUGCAGAAAAAAUUCUUGAAACAUGGGGAGAACUGCUGUCAAAAUGGCAUCUCAAUUUGAGUGUGAGACCAAAGCAGCUGUCAUCUUUAGUAAGAAACGGUGUCCCUGAAGCUCUUCGGGGAGAAGUCUGGCAACUUCUAGCAGGCUGUCACAACAAUGACCACUUGGUAGAAAAAUACCGCAUUCUCAUCACAAAGGAGUCUCCCCAGGACAGUGCUAUUACCCGGGAUAUUAACAGGACAUUCCCAGCCCAUGACUACUUUAAGGACACAGGAGGAGAUGGACAAGAUUCUUUAUAUAAAAUAUGCAAGGCUUAUUCCGUGUAUGAUGAAGAGAUUGGCUAUUGCCAGGGCCAGUCAUUUCUUGCUGCUGUGCUGCUUCUCCAUAUGCCUGAAGAACAGGCAUUCAGUGUUCUGGUCAAGAUCAUGUUUGACUAUGGCCUCAGGGAACUUUUCAAGCAAAACUUUGAAGAUUUGCAUUGCAAAUUUUACCAGUUGGAGCGCCUCAUGCAGGAAUACAUUCCCGACCUGUACAACCACUUCCUGGAUAUAAGCCUUGAAGCACACAUGUAUGCCUCCCAGUGGUUUCUUACGCUUUUCACUGCAAAAUUCCCUCUCUACAUGGUCUUUCAUAUCAUCGACCUGCUUUUAUGUGAGAUUAGUCAGAAGAAGUUGAAAAAAUAUGAAAAAGAGUAUCACACCAUGAGGGAACAGCAGGCCCAACAAGAAGACCCCAUCGAGCGAUUUGAGAGGGAGAAUAGGCGUCUACAAGAAGCUAACAUGAGGUUGGAACAAGAAAACGAUGACUUAGCCCAUGAGCUGGUGACGAGCAAGAUUGCACUGAGGAAGGACCUGGAUAAUGCUGAGGAAAAGGCAGAUGCACUGAACAAGGAGCUGCUGAUGACCAAACAGAAGUUGAUCGAUGCAGAAGAAGAGAAAAGAAGAUUAGAAGAUGAAUCUGCUCAGUUAAAAGAAAUGUGCCGCCGGGAACUCGACAAGGCAGAAUCUGAGAUUAAAAAAAAUAGCUCCAUCAUCGGUGACUACAAGCAGAUUUGUUCUCAGUUGAGUGAAAGAUUGGAGAAGCAGCAGACAGCUAAUAAAGUGGAAAUUGAGAAAAUUCGGCAAAAAGUGGAUGACUGUGACCGCUGCCGGGAAUUUUUCAACAAAGAAGGACGUGUAAAGGGGAUCAGCUCAACCAAGGAGGUUUUAGAUGAGGACACAGAUGAAGAGAAGGAGACGCUCAAGAACCAGCUGAGAGAGAUGGAACUAGAACUGGCACAAACCAAGCUCCAGUUGGUGGAAGCCGAGUGUAAGAUACAGGACUUGGAGCACCAUUUAGGCCUUGCCCUCAGUGAGGUUCAGGCAGCGAAGAAGACAUGGUUCAACCGAACGCUGAGCUCCAUAAAGACGGCAACUGGGGUUCAAGGGAAAGAGACUUGCUGAGAGCAGCUGCUGCCUCCAGACACCUUCAGAAAACACGACACCUUUUGUUGCCUUCUUUGGCCAGAUGUGUGAUUCUGUGACAUGUCCCAGGACCGGAAUGUACCUAAGUCAGAUCUGUAGACACAUGUUGGUAGGUCAUUGGACCAGAGCUCAUGAAGCAGGCAGCCUCUGGGGUAAGACUACUGAUACUAACAGGCCUGCUAGCUCAGCAGAUGCUCUAGACACAAUCUAGAAAUCACUCCUCAGUGUGACCUCCCAGGCCCCUUCCCUGUGUAGGUCAACACGUCACCCAGCUUAAAGGCUGAGUUUACA